AUGCCGACGAUACUGCCGCUCGAAGCAUCGUACCGAACCGAGUUGUAUUCUCUCGCGCUGGUUUCGGCGAUAGCGGUGCGAUUCCUGCUCAUGUCAGCACCGCUAACGCGUUACUCGCUCAUUCGCAUCGUUUCGACGCUCGUCCUACCCACACUGACGUUUUCGGUGCUUCAACAUCGACAGAUUACGCUCACGAGAGCACUCGCACUGCGCAUCUCGCACUCCGCUACCACGUAUCGGAACGUUAUCGCGCACAAAACCAUCCUAGCCCCAAAUGGAAUGUCGACGAUCUUGACCAUGCUACUAAGCACUAGUCUGCUGUCCAACCUACCCCUCGUUCACCAACGGCUCACGAAAACAGCGCCAAUGGCAGCGUGGUCAAUCAAUGCAGCUGGCGCAGUCGAAUGGUUCUUUGCAGCCGUGAAUCUGACCGUCGUCGCAAUGUGUUGCGUCAUGAUCAUCACUCAGGAAGAGGUCAAGGUGGAGUUUGACGAUCCGGUACAAGACGUCGAGGUGGCAUUGCACAGAUUGAGCACAGUCAAAAGUGCAGAGAUACAAGAUGAAUGGGUCAAGAUGGCUAGCACGUCCAGAAGGCACGAUGUAUGGGUCAAACCGGUCCGGUUGCCCAACGGCGACAGCGUAGGUGUAUUCGAUAUGACAACGCGUCUAGCGAGCAAUCAUCCUCUGUACAACCCGGACACGCCGCACAAGCCUUCCGGUCCCACCCUGCGCAUCUCACUGCCCUAG